UCCUAACCCUAAAAUAGAAAAUUGAGGCAACCGAUAGUUUUUGUUUUGUCAGGAAUUUUAUAUUUUCUUAAUAUUCUUGUCGAAAUAGCUAUAUACUUGAAAAUAUGACGCAGAAUCUAAAUUUACCUUACGUUAUCCAGCUGGAAGAUCCAUUCAGCGCAAUUCGACUCUCAGAAAUUCCUAUAAUAUCUAAAGACUUCAAUAAAAUCACUCAUAUCACAUAUCUACCAAAUGUUGUUGAGGAUCUUCAACCAGUAUUCAUCCCAACCAUACCAAGAUUUGAAGUUGAAAACACUGAAACCAGCAUCACCCCCAUGAUUCAGAAUAUCGAGCAACCUCAAAUAAACUAUGUAUAUCAAGUAGUUUGUCCAGAGAAGAAAGUUCAGCCUGUUGAAAAAUUCAAAAGAGGCAGACCAAAGAAGAAAAAAGGAGAAGCUCCCUCAGAACCAAAGAAACCAGAACAACCACCAAAAGUGAUGAAAUUGGCCCCUAGAACUAGAUCAGGAAGGGUUAUCAAAUUCCCUAAACAUAUUGAGCAGGAUUUCAAGAAAGUUGAAACUAAUGAACCAAAAAAACUGGAUUCAGAGGACCAGCUUGAAUUCAAAACAAGUGAAUUCACAAAGUUCAUAGAAAAACCAUCUGUGAAACCCAAACCUCCAAAGGAAUUAUCCCAUCACCAGCGCAAAAGAAAAAUUGCAGCCCAAUACAGGUGUCCCAAGUGUCAAAAGGCAUAUCUUGGCAAAGCCAAAAUGUUGGAUCACAUCAAAAAGUAUCCUGAUCAUGGGCCCCUACCUCAGAGAGAACACAAUGAUUUGAACUUUGAUGUCUGGAACUAUCUAGUUGAUGUGACCCAAAAAUCACCACCUGCCCAAAGAGGAAUGAAGUUUUGUGAAGAACUAACCAAUCUGCUUCAUAACAUUUUACUUUUGACUAGUGCUCUUUUUAAAAAAGUAGAGCAAAAUAAAAACUAUGUGGAAGUGGAUAAAGUACUAGGUAAUGCUAUUGGACUUGCACCUGGCUUAUACAAAUUCAAUGAUACUGAGCUACACAAGGAUGUCACAGUGCUGAAAUUGAUUACAAACACAGAUUUCUUUAACCCUGUAGAUCCUGUUGAAGACCGACCAGUAGAACCACAACAAAAUGACACUAACAGCAUGGUAGAAAACCAAGAAUUGCACAGUGACAACUCACAUGCUAAGACUGAAAAAACAAUUAUACCCUGUGAUAAACCCCAAAUACCACUAGAAGAUAUGUAUUUCAAUACGGAUCAAGAUGAAACCUUAGAAAAAUCAGCUGAACCAUACAGCAUUCCUAAGAUAGAACCUCGAAUAGCUUCAGACAUGUCUCAGAUGUCUGAUGAAUUUAAUAAGAAGACAGAAACAUCACUUUUAGACACUGAAUUACUCUCUGACAAUUCUUUGCUGAAUUUGUCAAAUAUCAGGAGCUCUGUGGAUGAAUUUAUGACAGGGGGGACAUUACUUGACAACUCCACCAGUUCAGAUGAGGUGAUGAAUGUGGAUCAGUUUGUCAAUGAGAGGUUCACGAAAAUAACAGAGGCUGACCUUGGGAUGGGUGGGGCUUCAUUGAAUUUGGACCUGCCUAGUUUGGAUUUGUUUAAUUUUCAUAGUUGAUUUCACAAUGCAGGUUGUUCUUGAAUUUGUUCCUGGUGAAUUUUGACAUUUCUAGUUCCAAUGUUGUGUAUGUUAAUAAAUGAAUGCAAAAGACUCUGUAUAAGUGUAGAUACAAUGUUUGAUUCCAAACUAUUGAAAUAAAAUAUUCCUUAUGAUAUUUUCAGAACUAGAUUGUAAUAAAAGAUUAUU